AUGCUUGAACUAACACCUGAAAAUGAUGACUUUUUUUGCGCUAAUGAAUCAUUAAUUAAAAUUGAUCGCGAUCUAACGACACGCAUUUGCGCUCCGUGGGAAAAAUUUUGCAUUACGACCGUGGAAACGUCAUUGAAAGCGUUUAGUGCCGUGUCACGUGCAUGCGGUGAUAUAUGCCGUGAGCCCUGCGAAUCAAACGGUUACGGAACAGACAUGGUCCGAUGUGAUAAUUGUUGCGCGGAAGAUUUCUGUAACGGAAACUAUUCCGUCCGUUAUUAUAUGGAACUUAUGAAACAACAGCACACAUCGUGGUUUAAGCCAUUAGUGGGCGAAAGACUUUACAAUCGUAUGAAUAAUAUUACUUUUCCAUACUAA